AUGAAGUACCGUGGCGUUGUAUACGAUGUAGGCCUUCACUUCGCUGCAGACAGCCCGUCCGUCGAGCCAUUCGAUCCAAAACUCGUCGCCCACGAUCUCAAAGUCAUCGCUACCGACCUCACCGCCAACGCCGUACGCAUCGAAGGCGACUCUAUCCAACGCCUCGUAGCAGCCUCGCGUAUCGCCCACUCACUGGGUCUCGCAGUCUUCUUCAAUCCGUGGAAGAUGCACGCACCCGCCGACGAAGUGCGAGCAUAUCUCGCUGAAGCAGCCGAAGCCGCGGAAAACCUUCGUGGCGAAGGACUAGACAUCGUCUUUGUUUCGCAAUGCGAAUAUACCAUCUUCAACGAGGGUAUCUUUCUUGGCAAGGACCUGAUGGAGCGCGUCAAGUGGAUGAGCGAGCAAAUGAAGGAAACGCCCGAAGGUCCCAGCAUGCCGGAUUUGCUGCGUGAGGCUUGCUCGAAGCUCAACGAUAUCCUCAAGUCGUUUUUGCAAGUAAUCCGCCCCUUUUUUCACGGCCGGGUGACAUAUUCAGCAGGAAUGUGGGAAGUUGGGGAUUGGACGCUCUUUGAUAUUGUCGGCAUCGAUCACUAUCGCCAAGGCGAGAGCGAGAGCGAUUAUCUCAAAGGGUUGCAUAGGUACCGUUGCGAGAAGCCUAUUUCUGUCAUGGAGUUUGGCUGUUGCGCAUAUGAAGGCGCCGCCGCCCUCGGAGCUGGCGGUUUCAUGCUUCUUCGAGGCACCAACCCAGACGGUACCGGCAGCUUCGCCGGCGAUGUAGUGCCAAAGUAUUCAGAGACGGAGCAAGCUGAUUACGUCGAGGCAAUCAUCAAGAUAUUGGCCCGAGCUGAGGUGGACGCUAUGUUCGUUUAUGUCUUCUCAUUUCCGACGUAUCGUUCCGGAGAGGGUAUGCGAAACUUGGACAUGAUAUCCUUCUCGUUGGUCAAAACCUGGCCGGAAACGGAUGAGAGGUCCAAAGCGAUACCACUGUGGGCACCGAAAGAGGCUUUUCGAAGAGUGGCUACUGCCUACAAGCAGCUCGAAAGCUCAUAA